GCCACAAAAGUUGCUUGAAGGAAACCUUUGAUUUCUAGACAAUCUGGUCUUCCAAACGACCCAGACAUCGGCCAGCAAUGCUUAGAACACUAUUUCUAGAUUUGAUUAUGUUUAUAAUGGUUGCUUACUUUCAGAACAUUCCCGUUAGCGGAUCUGCCGCUGUCGCGCCACCAGAAUUCCUUACAAUAGGUGCUGUGUUUUCCGAUAGCCCUCGAGUCGACUAUGAGGACGCCUUUAGACUCGCUAUCGACACAAUAAACAGUAACAACUCAAUAUUACCAAGUACGAAGCUCAGAGUAAUUGUCAACAAGACAGCAACACUGAAUGCUUUCAAAAACAUCGAGAUGGUGCAAUAUCUCAUCAAGAAAGGAGUGGUUGCCAUAGUUGGACCAAUGACGUCUACUGGGGUAAAAUUUACACAGCCUUACUGCGCUGGUUUUCACAUUCCACAGCUUGCACCAGUGGCGACUGACCCAACAUUUUCAUUUACAUCAGCAAACUUUCCAUUCCUUGUUCGCCUCAGUCCGAGCGAUACGAUUCAGUGCCAGGCCUUGGCAGGCCUAAUUUCAUAUUAUAACUGGUCUCAAAUAUCUCUGUUGACAUCAAAGGAUGAUUACGGUAUUAAUGGUCUCUUAGCCCUAAAGGAUAUCGCAAAUCAAAAAGGUUGGAAAAUCUCUGCAAACGAACAUUUUGAUCCUAUCAGUGACUAUGCUUCCCUGGAUGUGAGUCCACAGCUCGAGGCGAUAAGAAAAACGCACACCCGGAUUGUUGUCUUGAAUACAAUGGCACGUUACACAGUUGUUGUACUUACACAAGCUUUUAAUAUCGGAAUGCUCAAAGAUUGGGUAUGGAUCGUUACUGAUGGCUCAACUAAUACAGACUGGAGCUUAAUCCCUGGCGACUAUCCACUCCAUGAAUUUUAUGGUGUUAUAGGAACCAGGCCCUCAUCUGGUUCUGGUAAAUUGUACACAGAGUUUUCUCGCGUGUGGAAAUCGGAACGCCGCAGUGGAGUCAGUAUACCAGGAGGAAAGAGCUACGACUCAGCACUUGUGAUAGGGGCGGCUUUGAAUAAAAUGAUCAAAGACGGAUUUGAAGUGAAAGAGGUCUCGCUUGAAUUCGAUUUCGAAGGAGAAGUCUCAACCCGGCCAUGGCCCCCAGGUCAAAGACUAAUGGACUAUAUUAAAAAUGUUUCCACUGAUGGUUUAAUGACAUCCUUGGCAUUUGAAGAGAACGGCUCACCCGCGUAUGCAGAAUAUGAUAUCGUCAACCUAGGAAGGACUGGUUUUAUUCAGGUUGGUCACUGGAAUUCAAGAAAUGGAAUCGUAAUGGAUCCUCGACAGCCCGUGAUCUGGCUUUCUGGUUCUAUUAAUGUCCCCACGGACACUUCAACUGUAGUAGAGAACACAACCAUUAGGGUUGUUACCGUCAUCGAGAAGCCAUUUGUAUUGGUAAAGAAAUCCAGCACUGGAGAAAAAACGUAUACGGGUUUGUGCAUCGACUUACUAGAUAAACUAAAGGAAAAGAUGAAGUUCAGAUAUACAAUAGAAGAAUCACCUAAUAAUGUAUACGGUGCACCCGAUAUAUUUACUGGGGAGUGGAGUGGAAUGGUUCGGCAGCUCAUUGACAACAAAGCUGAUCUCGCCAUAGGUCCGUUCACGAUAAGCUCGAGCAGACAGACAGUAAUAGAUUUUACUCAGCCCUUUAUGGACGUCGGCCUAUCGAUCAUUAUGAGGAAAGAGGAGGAUAGUGAAUAUAAAGUGUUUUCUUUCCUCCGCCCGUUUGAUUUUAAUCUGUGGUUGGCUAUAGUUUCAACCACCUUAGGAGUUGGUGUAUUUCUGUGGGUCCAUAGCACAUUUAGUCCAUAUGGGUAUCACGGGCGAGUAGCACAGGCCAAAAGUACAAGGUCUAUUUCUAAAGAUGACAUCAAAGCCAAAGACAACUUACGGUUUUUCAACGCGAUUUGGUCUUCGUUCGCUUAUUACGUCAGUCAAGGCCCAGAUGUCUUACAUCCCGUGUCACUUUCUGGAAGAAUGGCAGUGGGAGUCUGGUGGUUUGCAGUCCUCAUAAUUGGGGCUACAUACACGGCGAAUCUUGCAUCUUUCUUAAUCGUUCAACGGUUUCAAACUCCAAUACAAUCAGUGGAGGACUUAGCUCGCCAAACAAAGAUCGAGUACGGAAUUCCCGGAAAUGGUCAGACCCAAACGUACUUCCAGACAUCGAGCAUUCCUACCUACGUCACAAUGUGGGAAUUCAUGAAGUCCAGUGGAACUAUUCUUAGAAAUUCCUCUGAAGGAAUCAAAAGAGUUCGCGGAGGGAACUUUGCAUUCAUCUUUGAUUCUGCAGUGCUUGAAUAUCACGUCCAUCAGCCACCGUGCAACACACUUUAUAUGGUGGGAAGGGUAUUUGGAAAGUUUGGUUAUGGCUUUGGCCUGGCGAAAAACUCCCCUUUCACACAUCAAUUUAGCAUCAAUGUGUUGGAACUCAGACAGAAGGGAUACAUGGAAACGAUGAAAAGCAAAUGGCUUGUUGGGACAUGUCAAAAUGACGAAUCAAACGCAGAUACCUCCUCCUCGAUAAAUACAUCAGGGGAUGUAUUGACGUUCACAGAUCUAUCAGGCGUAUUCUAUUGUGUGUUGUUUGGCAUGGCCUGCAGUCUUCUCGUCUUACUGGUGGAACUCUUUGUUGAAGCACAUAAGGAUACUAAGCAAAAUCAAAAGGAGGCCCGAGUUGAGGCACUAAAAAGACGCGUAUGGGCUUCCUGGCGAGCAUAUCAAGGACCAGGUCGCACCAUUACUUCCUCUGUUGACCCGGAAGAUGCCUCACGUUGUUUUCAGACAAGAGAUUGUUCCAACUCAGCUCCAAGAAUGGAUUCUACAAAUGAACUUGUUAUUGACGACAUUACAAAGAAGAAAAAUGGUGAACUCAAUGGCUUCAAAGGAAAAGAAAUAAAACCCCGCGCCUCGCCAUGCCAUAGGAGAAGUUCUUUAGUUUAGCUUGUAAAAAGAGAGUACUUUCCUUGUUGGGCGAUAUUCUGAUAUGCUUAUUUUCAAUCGAGGGCGCAGACAGAUUAAACCCUGGUUCACUAUAGUUUGCAGCGUACCAGAUCAUGUUCUGUACUUACUUAGAAUCCUUUAUCUCAUACAAAAAGAGAUAAUUCGAAGGUCAUCACCAUUGACUGGGCAAUAAUAACGCUAUAAAAGUAAGCGCAAAAUAAUAAACAAACGAAGAAACAAACAUUCGAACAUUCGAAAGCAUGCAAAAAAUAUCACAGGAACAUCAUAGAAUAUAAUUGGCUGGACAUUGUUCAAUGCUUAAUUUCUCCUAGCAUAAUAUCGUGCAAAGUUGGUGUGCGCUAAUCGAACUUCUAUUUCAAAGAAUAUUAUCAUAA